AAAUCAGGCUCAAUUAAUCGUCCCCAUACUGCAGUCUCCCUCGAGUGGUGCCAGUGACGUGUUCUCAUAUGCUACGGAAAAUCUUUGCAGUUAAAAAUAUUAACAACUGUGGCGCUGUGCAUGUAGUGUAAAAAUGUUACCCAAAGAACGUGGCAGGAAAAUGAACGGGGUACAAAGAGGAGAUGUUUUCAUCCUUCUUACAGCUGUGGUGUUUAUGCUUCGGUUUACCGAAAUUGAAUCAAAUCCACUGAAAGAUCCAAGCAUCUGCGGACGUCCAACAUGCAUUCCUGGAAAGAAGUUUGCCUACCUGACAACAACAAAUUAUGUUUAUGAAUACACUAGUGAAAUCAGCACUUUGUUUGGUGGCACAAGCACAAACAAAUCAUCACUAUAUAUUUCUGCUCAAGUAUCACUGGACUUUCCAACACCAUGUGAAGGAGUUCUUCAGGUAUCACAACUAUCUUUAACAGAAAAGGCACCAACGUAUGACAGAGAAGAGGACAUAGACAUUUUGAGUCCUCAACUUCCACAUUCAGCAGAAUUCAGCCAAGCCAUUGGUCAAUAUCCGUUAAGGUUUUCGUUCACUGAUGGACUUAUUCCAGAGAUAUGUCCUCAUAUGAAUGAAACAAGUUGGGUGCUCAAUUUCAAGAGAGGAAUUCUGUCAGCAUUUCAGAACACUAUGAAGAGGUUUGAUGUGGAUCAUCAGAACAUAGAUGCUGAUAUAAAUGGUCUCUGUGAAACAAAGUAUGCUCUGAUGGGUGCCAGGGAGACAAGCCUUGUUAUCACAAAGAAGAAGGACAUCUCCACUUGUACUUAUAGGUACAAGCAUCAUUCUAUACUUCAGACAACGCCGUAUCUCUUCAGACAGAAUUUUCAACCUGCACCCAUUAUGCGAUCCAAUAGUUCCUGCGAAAUAUCCGUGGACCACAACGUGUAUAACAAGAUUGUUUGCCAGGAAGUGCAUUUGUUUCAGCCAUUCUCAAGCAAUGAUAGUGGUGCACAUACUGUUGUAAAACAAGUGUUGACACUACUUACAGAAAGCAACUCCACAUCAGAAGUGCCAGACCCUGUAAACCGUCGCUCCACUUUAUUGUUUGAUCAUAAUCAAACACCAAAGCCAGUAUCUGGUGAGCUGAAAGCUUCUCGAGACCUUAUCAAGGCAAUGUGCAAGUUAAAUGUGGAUGAUAUCCAGCCUGAGUUCCCAGAAGUCUUCACAAAAUUUAUUCAUACUGCAAGAUUGUUAUCAUAUCCUGCGUUGUCACAAGUGUACAGUCGUGUCACAAGCAUCUGCAGCACAGGAAAGAGACAUCUCUUGGAUGCGCUUCCAAUGCUUGGAAGCAAUGCUGCCAUUGCCGUGAUGAAGGAUGUCAUCCUGAGGAAUGGAGUAUCUCAAGACGUUGCCCAUGAGUGGCUCCUGACAUUGUCAUUUAUACCAAGACCUGAUUUACAGACAAUCAGUAUAAUUACACCUUUGCUGAAAUGGAACAAGGCAGAUGCCCAGUUCUUUCUUAGUGUUUCUGCAAUUGUUCAUUCAUACUGCAAAUGGAAUUCUGAGUGUGAAACACAAACCGAAGUUGCCAACAUCAUCUCAUUCCUCGAAAACCAAGUACAAAGUGGCUGUCAGCUUAAAGAGAGCAAUCAAGCAGUUAUAGAAAAGACUCUGGUAGCCAUAAAAGCCCUAGGGAAUAUUGGAGCCGGAAAGUCAAUCAUAAAUCCUACUUUGCAACUUUGCAUAGAAGAUAGACAAUUGCCCAUAGAAGUCAGGAUUGCUGCUGUAGAGGCCCACAGACGACUUCCAUGCGAAGAUACUCGCGAAUACUUCCUGAAUCUUUUCCGUAAUCAGUCAGUUGAUUCAGAACUGCGUAUUGCAGCCUACUUGGAGGUGAUGAAAUGCCCUACUUACACCAUAGUUAAGACAAUCAAACAUUCACUUUUUGAAGAAGAAGUGAAUCAAGUUGGGUCCUUUGUGUGGAGUCAUCUUCACAACUUGCUGAAAUCGUCCAGUCCCAGCAAAGUGGAAAUACAAGCACUGCUACAAGAUAAAGACCUUGUUAGUAAAUUCAGUAGUGAUGUGAGAAAAUAUUCUCAUAACUAUGAAGGAUCCAUGUUUUUUGAAAAUUAUAAUUUUGGGGGGAGCUAUGAAAGCAAUGUCAUAUUUUCACCAAAGUCAUACUUGCCACGAUCAGCAACAUUCAAUGUCACUGUUGAUUUGUUUGGAGAAUCAGUAAAUAUUUUUGAGGUAGCUGGUCGCAUUGAAGGUUUUGAGCACUAUGUUGAGUCCAUUUUUGGGGCAAAAGGUCCAUUUAGCAGUACUAAAGUGAAGGAUGGACUUGAGAAACUUCGGUUCUUACGGAGCAUACCGGAUGAUUUGAAGUCUAAAGUAGACGCUUUUCCAAAUGUUGUGGAUACAAAUUUUGACAAUCCAAAAGCAUCUGUUGCAAUGAAAAUAUUUGGAAAUGAAUUAAGAUACUACAAAUUCUCUGGUGAUGAAGAAAUAAUGGCUGCAUUGAAUUCUAUUAAUCCAAUAAAAAAUAUAAAACAGCUAUUGUCAGGAAAGGAAAUUAACUACAACAAGGCUGCACUGUUCCUGGACACAAGCUACACUGUGCCAACUGCAACAGGACUUCCAAUCAGUUUAAGUGCUGUGGGAACAGCUGCCGUCAACUUACAAAUGUCAGGGUCACUUAAAGCCGCUGACUUUCUGAAGACACAUGAGCUGGAUGUUGAAGGAAAAAUAAGGCCAAGUGUGGCUAUAGAUAUUGUUGGAACAAUGGGUGUUGAUGCCUAUUAUGCAAGUACUGGCAUCAAACUGCGAACCAAUAUGUACUCAUCCUCGGCUGUGGAGGGUCAGCUGAAAGUUCGAGGCACGAAACUUGUGAGCCUGAAUUUUAAUCUUCCAAAGGACAAAAUUGAAAUAAUCAAUGCACG